AUGUAUGACAACAUCUCUGAUUUCACAAGAUAUGAUGACGACCAUGACCCCGAACAUGGUGAAGAAGAAGUUUUACAAACAUCCAUUAAGACAGGAAAGGUUUUAACUCAAAGUCUCAUUAUUGACACCAAAGAUGGCGAAGUGGACGUUCUUCAAGAGCUGAAGAAAAAUACUUCUUCGGGAGGUGGUGGUAGGCAUGAACUUGAAAUAAAUGAGAUAGAAGAGAAAUUAGCCGAAAAAGCAGAUAAAGAACAUAAACACAAUAUCUCCGAUAUAAAUGAACUUCAAGCUACAUUAAAUAGUAAAGCGGACAAAAAUGAACUUGACGCAAUGAACAAAGUUUUGAAAUCUCAUAAACACAACAUCUCCGAUAUAAAUGAACUUCAAGCUACAUUAAAUAGUAAAGCGGACAAGAACCAUGUUCAUUAUAUAACUUCAGACGAACAGAUUAUAACGGACUACCAUGGAUAUUUAACACGAAGUGAUGAAGCGAAGACAAAAAAUGUUAAUGAAAGAAGAUAUAAAUACAUUCGUGCUAAAGGUUAUGACAUAAGCUGUACUGUACAGUAUGAUGUAGCUAAAGCACCAGAAGCAUUUGGUUAUACCGGUGAAAUUUAUGCCUCUACUUUCAAUGUUAACGGUGUAUUAGUUGAACCAAGAUUUAUGUUAAGAGUUAAGGCAAAAAUAACGUUUGAAGAUGCUAUUAAAAGUAAAGCUGACAAAGUUGAACUCGAAGCAACGAACAAAGUUUUGAAAUCUCAUAAACACAACAUCUCCGAUAUAAAUGAACUUCAAGCUACAUUAGACAGUAAAGCUGACAAGAACCAUACACAUAAAUCCUUCACUACUGUUAGAGCAGACGACAUAAUAUUGAACUUUGACCUUGGUUCAAGUGCACCAUUAGAAAAUCCAAGUACAAGCGUAAAAGAUACUCUUAACAGUUUAGAUAAGAGUUGCAGGAACAUUGAAAGUCAUGCCAGAAACUUUGAAGCACAUGAACUACCAACAAUGUUAGAUAAGAAAGCAGACAAAACUUAUGUGGAUGCAGAACUAACAAAGAAAUUUUCGAAACCAGAUACAAUGACAUUUACAACAGAAAUUAUAAAUGGUGAACCAGCAACUCCAUUUGAAUUUGUUAGAGGUCUUCAACCAGAUACUUUUGAAUUUUUCUUGGAUAAUUCUAUUGAACUAACAUUACAUUAUAAAAGUGGAACAAAUGCAACAUUUCAUCCGGGAGAUACAUUCCAAAUGGUAUUUAAUGACAUAAGUUCUUUAGAAUAUGUUUAUAGAGUUAUGAGCAUAUAUGAUUUAAUAUAUCCUAUAGGAGCUGUUUAUACGUCUAUGAAUCCAAUAAAUCCAAACACUUUAUUUGGUGGUAGAUGGUAUGAAAUAGUUGACAGUUUUCCAUUCUACACUAAUACUCAGUCAAUGAAGAUGGGAGGUUCAAAGAAAAUAGGUAUUGAAAACCUUCCUUCACAUAUGCAUAGGUUCAGUGGAAGAACAUCUGUGGAAGGAAACCAUUCACAUUCAAUAACAAAAAGAGGUUAUACAAAUCUUGCAGCGGGUUCGGAUAGACAGGGAAUGCAUAGAUAUGAUAUCACAACUGACCCCAAAGAUGUUAGCACAGGUAUUUUCUGUGGAACUGCAGGAAAUCAUACACAUGUUGUAGCUGGUAUUACAGACCCAGCAGGUAAUGGAAAAGAUUAUAUGCCUCCUUAUAUAACAAUGCACGCUUGGAUACGAGUUGGUUAA